CUUUCUUCAUCCAAAACAAUAAGCCAAGGGAAGCCACAACAUUUAAAUUACAAAUUUUUCAUCGAUCAAUCUUCUAUUACAGAUUUUUGAAGUUUGAAAAUGAAAAAUAGCAUAAACAAAAUGUUAAUAGAUGGAGCAAGCAUAAACAAAGAAGAAGGUGCAUUGAUAUCAUCAGUAAAGGAGAUACGUCGUGUGGCAGACACUAACCAAUUAAGGCUAAGACAUUUAGAAUUAGCAGUUGCUAAUUUAACAACUAUUUGUAAUGCAAUUAGGAAUGAUAUGCGUUGUUCACCUGCUUCUGCUACAAACAGUACUACUGAUAAUGUGUUGGGAGUUCAAAUGCAGCUUCUCCUUCACCAGGCUGCUUCUUUGGGUAUUAUUAAAGACGACAACACUAAUUAUUCCUUAAUUAAGCCACCAGGGAAUAUAGAGACAUACUCAAAGGCAUGCACAAGACCAUCUUCAAAGAAAGUGCAAACAACAAACCAAAAAAGUAUGACAAAAUCAUUAUUAGUCAAAAGCAUGGAAUCAAGCACCAUAGAGAAUAAAAUGUCUAAGAAGCUGCAUAACAUGGGAACAACUCAAACAAAACCAAAGACUCCUCAACAAAACAACCCCAACAACAAGAACAUCAAACAAAAAAUUGGUUCUGCUAAUGUUUCGCUAAAAACAAAAACAACUAGUAUUGCCAAUAUGUAUGUUAAUAAAUCAGCUGAAAACAAUAACAGAGAAAGUAGUUUGAAGAAGAAUGUGGAGAAAUUACAAGAAAAAGGGUGUGUAAAACAUACAAUCAAGGUGCAUCAUGCUCAUCACACCCCUGUUAAGAUGAAUUCACGUGCUGUAGCUGAUCUUAAACCUCGCAGGAAAUGGAGCACUGCUGAAGAUAUUACUUUUAAAAAGUGGAGUUGAGCUGCAUUUAUUAUGAAUAUCAGCAAUGGAAAAUAUCAUGUGGAUACAGUUCAUAAUUAGCAAAGGAUAUACUAUCUCAAACCAUAUGAUAAUUGGAGAAAGAGCUCCAAUGAUUUAUAAAGUGUGCACACUAAAUUUAUCGACGUGGGACAAACCAAGUAGAGUUUUCGCGAAGAAAUUGACAAACCUGUAAAUUUAAAUUAUAUAGUCUACAACUUCAUAAUUUAAUUUCUUUAAAAGCGCUUGACAUUUA